GACUGGUGCUAACUAAUGGGACCUAUGCAAAUUGCAAUGCUAACAAUUGCGAUGGUUAUUGUUGUGUGCGAGGCGCGUUGCAAUAAUGGGUGUAGCAGGUUUUGGGGACAUGUUUAUCUGGUCUGCAUCCCCCCCUGGUCCAAGAGACAGCUGGGGGUCUGGGGCUGCUUUCAUAAGAGACAGACUGGGAUCUGUAGGGAGAUCAGAUACUUUCAAGUGAUCAGACACAAGCGUUCUCUCCUUCUCUCACCAGCUUUUCCGCUCUGUGAACAGAUACAGAUUCGCCCAGGGCCUUUUUUUUUAAAAAAAAACAUUUCUAUUUCUCCGUUUCUCUCCAAAGUCGAUCGAAGAGCCGAGAAAGAAAGGAGCCAGACACCCUUGCAUUUUUUUUUCGUAUUUAUCGCAACUUUGCCAAACGCACCAAACUUUAGCAUGAUGUCUUAUCUCAAGCAACCUCCCUACCCAGUGAACGGACUGAGUCUCACCGCGUCAGGCAUGGAUCUGCUACACCCCUCGGUCGGCUAUCCUGCCACGCCGCGCAAGCAAAGGCGAGAGAGAACCACGUUCACCCGAGCUCAGCUGGAUGUCCUUGAGGCGCUUUUCGCCAAGACUCGCUACCCGGACAUCUUCAUGCGGGAGGAGGUGGCUCUGAAGAUCAAUCUGCCCGAAUCCAGAGUCCAGGUUUGGUUCAAAAAUCGUCGAGCGAAAUGCCGGCAACAGCAGCAACAGCAGCAGAACGGAGGGCAGAAUAAAAUCCGACCGUCUAAGAAGAAGAGCUCCCCGGCCCGGGAGCCCAGCUCAGAGAGCGGGGCCAGCGGCCAGUUCACGCCGCCCUCCAGCACCCCGGUGACGGCUAUCUCCAGCAGCAGCGCCCCGGUGUCCAUCUGGAGCCCGGCGUCCAUCUCCCCCAUCGCCCCCGACUCCCUCUCCACCUCCUCGUCGUGCAUGCAGCGCUCCUACCCCAUGACCUACACCCAGGCCUCGGGCUACACGCAAGGCUACGCUGGAUCCACGUCGUAUUUUGGAGGAAUGGACUGCGGCUCCUACCUGUCCCCCAUGCACCACCAGCUCUCCGGCCCGGGCACGGCUCUCAGCCCCAUGGGCACCAACGCAGUGACGGCCGGUCACCUCAACCAGUCUCCAGCCUCCCUCUCUGCCCAGGGCUACCCGACCGGCGGCUUAGGUUUUAACGCCACCGAUUGCUUGGAUUAUAAAGACCAGACCGCGUCUUGGAAACUCAACUUUAAUGCUGACUGCUUGGAUUACAAAGAUCAGACGUCCUCGUGGAAGUUUCAGGUCUUGUGAAGUGCUGGGAAACUCUUGUCUCUCUCUCUCUUCUCUCUCUUUCUCCUUUGAAAACUUGGACGAAUGAUUCCAACGUGAAAACCCUUUGGAAUGGACAGAACACACACACACACACACACACACACACACACAACCACAACAAAAACUUGUGAUCAUUUCAGUACUUCCAGCCAACUUUCCUCCCUUCCCUCUUCACCACCCCCACCCCACGCCCCCUCUCUC